AUGCGCGGAGCACUCCUGGAGUGCUUCCGCGUCGCCACCCGCCCAAAGACUGAGGACGUGGAUGUUGCCGCCCCUUCCGCCGUAUUAAUCGACAUCUGGAAGGGAGUUUCGGACGGCGCUCUCAACUUCUCCAUCGAAGCCGACGGCAAGAUAGCGUUCGAUGCCCCGCAAGGCUUCCGUGUCCGACUUAACAUCAUCGAAAUCGGAAGCGGGUGCAUCGAUCGCAUCCACGUGACGGAACCUUUUCACGAAGGUUCCGUUCCGUCCAUGUCGGAUUUGUUGUUGAUAAGGGCCGUGACGGUGGUUGAUCGGGGAGGAGAUGGCGACAGGCCGGACUUCCAGUGGUUGCUGGAAGGGGUGUUUCAAAAGCUCGAACAAUUCCCCAGAAUUGAUGAUGAGGAGCUUCACUGGCUGGCAAAGGCCGCAGAAGCGGUGUAUGGGCCCAUCGGCUAUCUUGGGAUAGCUUCUUGCAUUGCUACUACCAACGAGGCUGCCGCGUUGGCGCUUCUUCAUAAAGGCAAGAAAUCAUCUCAAGUACAUGUAGCCAAACGGCAAUCUUGA